GUUUCAAAAGAGCGGUAAAGCUCGUUGAGUCUUCCUUUGUAAUUGUAAAUGCAAGUGCUUCGCAAUUUCUUUGUAAAUAAUAAAUCGUUAACGCUUGUUACAAAAAAGUUAAUUAUCAGCCUAGAACAGCGUAGAAUCAGUGCGAUGCCACCGAAAAAAAGAAAAGCAGCCAGCGACGAGGAAGGAGGCAGUGAAAAGGCGAAGUCGCAGAAAACCAAAAAGGAAAAGCCAGCCGCAAAAAAAAAGGAAAAAACAUGUCCCACAGACUACGAGGCAAUCGAUUAUUCGUGCACUACAAAGAAUAAGCAUGGCGAAACGUUUAAUGUUCGCAUCUCUAAUUGGAAUGUGGAUGGUUUACGUGCCUGGGUGCAAAAGGACGGUCUUUCUUUCCUCGAGUAUGAAAAGCCUGACAUCUUGUGUCUGCAAGAAACGAAAUGUAGUGAAGAUAAGUUGCCAGAUGAUAUAAAGGAAUUGCAAGAUUACAAAAUGUUUUGGCAUAACAGCAACAAGGAGGGUUAUGCGGGGGUUGCUUUAUUCUCCCUUGUUGAGCCCCUAUCCAUAAAAUAUGGAAUUGGAAAUGAUGAGCAUGAUACUGAAGGACGUUGUAUAACUGCGGAAUAUGAAAAGUACUAUGUUGUUAGCGUAUACGUUCCGAAUGCUGGAAGACGUCUGGUUACUUUGCCAAAACGUCUUGAAUGGAAUAAAAUAUUUAAGAAAUUUAUUAAAGAGCUAGACAAGCAAAAACCAGUGAUCAUCUGCGGAGAUAUGAAUGUAGCUCAUAGUGAAAUCGACUUGGCUAAUCCCAAAACAAAUACAAAAAAUGCGGGCUUUACCAAGGAAGAACGCGAAGGAAUGACUGAUUUUUUGUCCGAUGGGUAUGUUGACACGUUCCGUAAACUGUAUCCCGAUCAAACUGGCGCGUACACUUUUUGGACGUACAUGAGAAAUGCACGUUCUAACAAUGUUGGAUGGCGACUAGAUUAUUUUAUUGUAUCAGACAGGCUUGUUGAUAAUGUCUGUGAUAACAAGAUUAGAAGUGGAGUGUUUGGGUCUGACCAUUGUCCCAUAACUUUGUUUAUGAAUAUUUAACUGCUGUUUGUCUAUUAUGUAUCUCUCAUGUUAACUCAGUAUGUGUAAUCUAUUUUUGUCAGUAUUAAACAUGAAAUGCUAAAA